AUAUAACACUUAAUGAAGCGGAGGAGGAAAGAGGCAGGCCGACUGGCCGAGUCAGAUGCUUUUGUGUGACUCUACAACGCUGACACACUUCAGAAACCACGUUUCUGUGAGCCAGAGCCGACUCUACGGUACCACCGUGCAUCAGACAACCCCAGUCUGAGGGAGCUGAACGGGACAUUUUUACAAACAGAGCAACACAAAGCGUCAGGCUUUGUUUAACAAGAGGAAGCAAUGUCAGGAUUAAAGAAACGCAGUUCAAAUGCAUCUGCGGACCGGGAUGAGGACGACAAGCAGGUGACGGAGAAGAUGCUCUCCAACAGAGGUGGAAAUGGCAACAUGAGCCGACCAGGAGACGGCACGCCUGGAAGCCCGAGCGCAGAUAUUACCUCAGCGGAUGGAGAAGAGACAGUCGAGCUGAAAAGAACUAUUACUCUCGUGAACGGCGUGGCCAUUAUUGUAGGCACCAUUAUUGGUUCCGGCAUCUUCGUAACUCCGACAGGAGUGGUGAAAGAAGCCGGUUCAGUCGGGCUGUCGCUGGUCGUGUGGGCUGUAUGCGGUGUCUUCUCCACUGUAGGCGCUCUGUGCUACGCCGAACUGGGGACCACCAUCACCAAAUCUGGGGGCGACUACGCUUACAUCCUUGAGGUUUACGGCUCCCUGCCUGCGUUUCUGAAACUCUGGAUCGAGCUUCUCAUCAUCAGGCCGUCCUCGCAGUAUAUCGUCGCCUAUGUGUUCGCUACCUACCUCCUGAAACCCAUCUUUCCCUUCUGUCCUGUCCCCGAGACGGGAGCUAAGCUGGUAGCCUGCCUGUGUAUCUUGUUGUUGACCGCUAUCAACUGCUACAGCGUGAAAGCCGCCACAAGGGUUCAAGAUGCCUUUGCUGCUGCUAAGUUACUCGCCCUGGGCCUCAUCAUCAUUAUUGGCUUUGUGGAGAUCGGCAAAGGUGAUACCACUGAACUUCUGCCUGCAAAUUCAUUUAAAGGAAGCAAUACAGACUUUGGCAACAUCGGAUUGGCUCUUUACAGUGGGCUGUUUGCUUAUGGAGGAUGGAAUUAUUUGAAUUUUGUCACAGAGGAGAUGAUUGAGCCAUACAAAAAUCUGCCUCGGGCCAUCAUCAUCUCGCUCCCCAUUGUCACCGUUGUCUAUGUGCUGACCAACCUGGCCUACUUCACCACACUCAGUCCGGAUCAAAUGCUCGCAUCUGAGGCUGUUGCUGUGGACUUUGGAAACUUCCACUUAGGACCGAUGGCUUGGAUAAUCCCUGUGUUUGUGGGCCUGUCGUGCUUUGGCUCUGUGAAUGGCUCUCUGUUUACUUCUUCUAGGCUGUUCUUCGUGGGCUCCCGAGAAGGUCAUCUUCCCAGUUUGUUGUCGAUGAUCCACCCUGACCUGCUGACCCCUCUGCCUUCACUUAUAUUUACUUGCAUCAUGACUCUCCUUUACGCUUUCUCGAACGACAUUUUCUCUGUCAUCAACUUCUUCAGCUUCUUUAAUUGGCUCUGCAUCGCCAUGGCGAUCAUUGGUAUGAUGUGGUUACGCUACAAGAAACCUGAGUUGGAACGACCAAUUAAGGUCAAUAUUCUACUGCCUAUUUCCUUCGUAUUGGCCUGCCUGUUCCUCAUCGUGGUGUCCAUCUGGAAGACCCCUGUGGAGUGUGCUAUAGGAUUUGGAAUCAUCGCCACAGGAGUUCCUGUGUACUUCGUUGGCGUUUGGUGGCAGAACAAGCCAAAAUGGCUCUUGCAGAUCAUCUUCUCUGUCACAGCAACAUUCCAGAAGCUGAUGGAAGUGGUACCUCAGGAGUCCUGAAGACCAAACAGAGCGACAGAUGCCUCUUCCACGCGCAAAGUCUCCUCGCACUUACUUCAGACCCCCUUUACUGUAUUCCUCAACUGCCUCAUUUCUCCUUACGUGAGCCAGAAAAAUGUCUUAUCCUGCUGACACAGGCUAAAUCUAUAUGAAUUACCACGUAAGAAACCAGACAACAUCAGGUCACAGGAGCGUUUCAGUUAAGAUGUAGAUUUUGUCGGUCCUUCCUCGAUCAAAUGUAUUAUAUGGUAUACGUUUCGGUCUUUGUGUCUGACUCUUAAGUUUUCAAUCAGGACUUUCGAUUUAUUUUAUAUAUUUUUAAAACCGCAGGAGAUAUGUGUCAUAUAACUUGGUCAUCCCUUUGUUUGUGUGAUUUUUAGCUUCCUGUAUCAUGUUUUCAGCUUUUAUUUCAGAAUGAACGUGAAGAAAAGUGAAAACUUGUGGCACCAUUGUCUCUCACCAACAGAACCAUGAUUCCCACCUGAAGGACAAAUUUGCAUCUUGGAUUGCAGAAUGUCCUAUUAUGCAUUUCUAGAUUUUUCUAAAGCAGAUAUGACCAGUUUGCUGUGCCUUGUCUGUCAGUGCAGAAUGGUAUUAUCUUUUGAGAUCGAUUUGAUAUGACUUUGUACUCUGACAGAUUUAUUUGUGAUAGCUUAAUUCAGUUAUUUUUAAAUGUUACUAAGAAUUUAAAGGAAUGUCCUUGGUUUUUUUUUUUUUUGGUCAUGGUCCUCAAAUCGGAUGUAUUCCUUUUUUUUAAUAUUACAGAAGGCAUAGAUGUACAGUAUUCAUAAAUUAAUUUAGAAUGCCUAUAGCCUUGCUGCUUACCUCAGUAAACAUACAGUACAUUACAUUCAUAGAUCUGGCUGUAUGCGUUUAUGCCUAAUUUUGAUUUAAUGACGCACAAAAGAUGAGGCGCUGUUUCCUUUAAGUACAUUUUUAAUGUUUAGCACCUCUUUUCUGUGUCUUGUCAUUCAAAUAUAUGUGAAGUACUUAGCACUGGACCAUCUUAUUUCAUUCCCCUUGUAUUUGGCAAUUAUUUAAACAAAGCAAAGUUGCUUUUUAGUUACACAUUUUUAAAAGAAAGUUAUGUUGGUUGUUAAAAAUUGUCGUCAUCGUUUAAAUGUAGUUGUACUAUGUAUGGUCUGUCGGUUACUUCGUCUUUGUAUUGAAUGGUCAAGAUAUUGUUAAAUAUCCCCUUACCAAAAAUUUUUUAGUGCCUCAUCAGUUCGCGAACUGAAAAAAUCGGAAUGAAUUUGCUGUUAAAUGAGAUCUCAUUGUGUUUCAGUUUCAGGUGGCUGGACUUGGACGCAGUGUUUUUGGGUCAUCCUGGUUUCAGUUAAAUUAAUAUUUGUUCCUAUACUGGACCAAAAUCAGCUGUAUGUGUGUGCGAUAAUGCACAUUUUCUGUUAAAAAGUGGUGCGGGAAAUACUAGGGGCGUUUUGGGUGAUGGAGUGGAUUAUUUUAGGACAAAAUGGAAGUUGUCCUUUGGUUAUUAUGAUUACAGAAACAUUUCCAAGGCUUGGAUAGAAGGACUCUUUAGAUCUGAGAUGCUUUUAUUCAGUGCUGUUAUGGUUGUAGUGGGUGUUUAGAUAAUGAAGCUUUGUAUUAUUUAGAGAAUUAAAGCAGUAUGACUAACACUCCAGCCAACAAGAUCAUUUUAUCUAAUUUAAAUAGUUAUGUAGAAAUUUAGUUAUGUGUAUUUAUUUAUUAUUUGUAGAGUCAUUCAGUUAGUGCUCUAAUACUUUUUUACAGGGCAUUUUUCUAAAGAAAUGCUGAAAAUAAAUUGUUACUGAUAUUUUUCCUUCUUUCCUUGUAAUAUGAUUGUUUUUUUUAUUAUUAGGUUUUUUUUUAUGUUAUAUUUUAUUUUAUUCGUUUUAUUAUUAUUUUUUAAAUGUGUUUUUUAACUGAUGGCCUGUCUUAGUCUGUAUUGGUGCCCAUUAAUAUAAAAAUAACUGCAGAUGAGCUGAGUCUGCCUGCACUGACAUCUGCCUCGUGAAAACAGAUGACAUCACAAUGACAUCACAGUGAUGCACAAUUUGUUGCUACAUUUUACUACUUUUUUGACAUAUGAUGAAAUAUAUUUGAUCACCACAGAUCUGUUGGUAUUUCAUUUUUUAUAUAUAUAUUUUUAAAUAUACUUUAAAAAAGAUCUUAAAGAUAUGACUGACUCUUGGGUAUAUUUAAGUUCUCUGAAUAAAAAAUCACUGCAGUGUUCACUAAACAGUAUUUUCAAACUUUAAACUGUUUCUUUAAACACCAUAUUUUUGCAUUUACAAACUGGCAUGUAUAAUUAAACUUUAGACCCAACAACCAUCUUUCUGUCACACAGGCAUGCAAACCCUUUUACCCGAGGGCAGUCUCAGUCUUUCAUCAGUUCACUUUGAAGCUCAUUUGAGAGAAGACUGUUUUCUUGUGUGAUCUGGAGAUGCCCUAUUCAGAUGAUCUCUGAUCAGUCAACUACACUGCUUGUAGGCCUCUGUGAACAGUUGUAAAUAUUCUGCUGUCAGCCAUCUGUCCUGUUUUCUCUGCGAUGUACAGUGAAAUACAACUAGGAAGAGAUCCUAUUGUGCAGUUUCAUGUAAUGGUUACGUCUACUAUACAAAAACUAUGUCUACUGUCUUUUUCUUAGAAAUUAAACAAUUCAUGCUCUGAUGUGAUUUUGGACAUUGAGUGUUCAGAGAAAUAAAACAUGAAUGCAUUCCAAA